AUGGCUCUGCUGUGGCUGCUGGGCUGCCUGGCGCUGGCGGGCUCUGCCCGCGCYGCCGACUCCCUGCCCAAGGCGGCCUGCGGCGUGCCCGCCAUCGCGCCCGUCAUCCGCGGCUACAGCCGCAUCGUCAACGGGGAGCCGGCGGUGCCCGGCUCGUGGCCCUGGCAGGUCUCCCUGCAGCACAGCGACGGCUUCCACUUCUGCGGCGGGUCGCUCAUCAGCGAGAACUGGGUGGUCACCGCUGCCCACUGCAGCGUCAAGACCACCGACAAAGUGGUGCUGGGCGAGUACGACCAGGCGUCGCCCUCUGAGGACGUGCAGGUCAUGACCAUCGAGAAGGUCUUCAAGAACCCUAAGUUCAACAUGCUGACGRUCCGCAACGACAUCACGCUGCUCAAACUGGCGUCGCCGGCGCGCCUCUCCAGCCGCGUGUCGCCCGUGUGCCUGCCCGAGGCCUCCGACGACUUCCCCGGCGGCCUCACGUGCGUCACCACGGGCUGGGGCCUCACGGACCCCAAGGCCACGCAGACGCCGGCCGUGCUGCAGCAGGCGGCCCUGCCGCUGCUCACCAACGCGCAGUGCAAGCAGUACUGGGGCUUCCGCAUCAGCGACGUGAUGGUGUGCGCGGGCGGCGACGGCGCCUCCUCCUGCAUGGGCGACUCCGGCGGCCCGCUGGUCUGCCAGAAGGACGGCGCCUGGACCCUGGUGGGCAUCGUGUCGUGGGGCAGCAGCAACUGCUCGCCCUCCGUGCCCGCCGUCUACGCCCGCGUCACCGAGCUGCGCUCCUGGAUCGACUCCAUCCUGGCGGCCAACUGAGGCCGGCCAUGAACAAUAAACGC